CUUUCAUCGCGUAUGUCAGCUGUGAACACGUGUUCGAAGUGUGGAUUCUCAGCGAAUGUGUACGCGACUGUAACUUAGUCUUGUCUUGCUGGGAUAUUAGUAGUCCAUCAGGCACCAUGCCGAAGGUGAAAACCGAACGUACGCGCCAGCACGAGGUGGUGCAGCGUCACAUCGCGUUCCGCACCGAGCUGGGCCAACACAUCCUCAAGAACCCGCUGGUCAUCAACGGCAUGAUCGAGAAGUCGGCCAUCCGUCCCACCGACGUCGUCCUCGAAGUCGGCCCCGGUACGGGAAACAUGACCGUCAAGUUGCUCGAGAAGGCCAAGAAAGUGAUCGCCUGCGAAGUGGACACUCGCUUGGUCGCCGAACUGCAGAAGCGCGUACAGGGUACGCACCUGCACAGCAAACUGCACAUCAUAGUGGGCGACGUGCUCAAGUCGGAGCUGCCUUUCUUCGACAUCUGCGUCGCCAAUCUGCCGUACCAGAUUUCCUCGCCGUUCGUCUUUAAAUUGCUCAUGCACUCAUUUUUUUUCAGGUGUGCUACUCUGAUGUUCCAGCGAGAGUUUGCCCAGCGGCUCGUGGCCAAACCAGGCGACAAACUGUACUGCCGGCUGUCGGUCAACACGCAACUGUUGGCACGUGUCGACAUUCUCAUGAAGGUGGGCAAGAACAACUUCCGGCCACCGCCCAAGGUCGAGUCGAGCGUCGUGCGGCUUGAGCCGCGCAAUCCGCCACCGGCCAUCAACUUCGUCGAGUGGGACGGGCUGCUCCGCAUCUGCUUCGUACGGAAGAACAAGACUCUGAGUGCCGCCUUCAAGCAGACGUCCGUGCUGGCCAUGCUGGAAAAGAACUACAGGGUCCACUGCUCGGUGGCCAACGAAGAACUGCCCGGCGAAUUCAACAUGAAGGAAAAAGUGGACGAAUCUUGUCGCAGGGGUGGUUACUCCGACAAGCGCGCCCGAACGAUGGACACUGACGACUUCAGGGCGCUUCUGCACUUGUUCAACACAAAUGGCAUACACUUCUCCUGAGGCAGCGUUGAGAAAGACUGUGCCAUAUAUGAACUCGGGAGGAACGUAAUAGUUAUGAUAGCUUAUAACUGUGUGCAUCAGAAACAAGGACAUGCAACACUUAC